UUUGGACAGCUACAGAAAUACCUUUGGAUCUUGCAGAGCAAACUUCAAACUCUGAGCUCAUGGCUGGGACAGGCUAUACAAAAGGAGUUUGACUUAAUUAGGUGUAAUGCAGAUGAUCUGAAAUUUAGACUUUGUAAAUGAACUUCACAUUUCCAUACAGAAGUGCUUUUUUUAUUUUAGCAUUCAUGAGCAUGAGUGACUACAGUUUUUACAGAUCCAUUACAGUUAGUAGAGCAUAUUUGACCCAUCUUUUCAUCGGAUUGUCCUUGUAGAUCAUGUUCUUCAGUGGAUGAGUUAUUGGAUUAUUGGAAUUGUGCUGGAUUUGUACUGGAUAGCUUAUCUUCAUGAAAGGCUUGGAGUUUCUGUUGAGAAAUAUGAGCACAUCUACAAACAAGCAUGAUGAAGAUGACGCAGGAAGGUCCACUGAGCUUCAGAAUGAUGAAAGUUUGAGAAACAAGGUGAGAGAAGAGGAGAAAAGAAAUAUGUUUGCAAUUGCUCCUUCUUAUCCAAUAAACAGAGGGAACAACAUAAUGAAGGAACCAUUUGUCAAGGGACGAAGGUCCAAGCCCAAACUAGUGUCGGCUCAGGCUGUGCUUUCAUCCAGACUGGAGCCAGAGUCCAUUCAGGAGGAACCGCUAAUGAAUCUAGAAAUUGUACAGGAUGGGGAGCCCAGUGCUGUUCUAGACUGCUCUAAAAACAAUGUUAGCAAAGACAGAAAGUUCACAGUUGAAGAAAGAUGGGAAGAGUCAGUAAAAGAAACUGGUAAAGAAAGAAAUACUGAAGAAAAGGCUUUAUCAACAGAGAGUGGAGCAGUGUCCAGGAAGAGCAUGUGGAAAGCUGGACAGAGGGAGAGAUGGAGGGGAAAGAGAAGAGAAAGGCUAGGAGGCAGCGUGGAGGACCUAGCGCAGGAAAAUGACAUUAUUGAGAAAGAAAUGAACCGUAGAAUUCAAUGGCGAGAUGCAGGAAAUCACUGGGGGUCCAAAGAAAGACGAGACGAGGAGUCUGAAAAGGAGGACGGGCUGGAAGAAAGAAGACAAGGGAGCAUGGAGGGAGAUCCAGAGGCAAGAGGAACCAUGUCACAACAUGUUUUCUCCAGGGUCUUUGCUCACUCCUUUGCCUCGUCGUCUUCUUCCUCAUCUUCAUCCUUCAACUGUUCCUCAGCAGAAAGUGAUGAAGUGUUCAGCGAGGGAGAGGAGAUGGCCAAGAGGAAGAACGUGAGGAGGUGUCGAUCCUGGAGGACAUUCCUGACCAUGAUGCAGUGGUCAAAGCGUAGACAGAGCUCCUGGAUUCAGCUGGCUGGACACCAAGGUAACAUCCAGCUGGGUGAAGGUGGGGAAGUGUUAAAGAGAUUCAGCGAAGUAGAGGACAGCUGUCUGCAGGCACUCAUGUCAGACCCCCUCCGCCGAUUCGUGCCUCAGUAUUAUGGGCACAUCAGCAGGAAUGGAGAGCAUUACAUCCGUCUGGAGGACCUGCUGAGUGGCCUCAAGCAGCCAGUCAUCAUGGACUGCAAAAUGGGGAUCCGUACAUAUCAGGAGGAGGAGAUUGUUAAAGCCAGGACCAAAGCAAGUUUGAGGACUGAUAUGUACCAGAAGAUGGUGAAAGUAGACCCUACAGCUCCCACAGAGGAGGAACACGAGCAGAAAGGUGUAACCAAGUUGCGCUACAUGCAGUGGAGGGACAGCACCAGCAGCACUGCAGCACUGGGGUUCCGCGUAGAAGGCAUUAUGACGGAGAAUGGGAUUGUACUAAAGGAUUUUAAUAAAACACAAACCAAAGCACAAGUCACUGAGACUCUGUUAUUCUUUACCAAGAAGCAGGUUCAUAUUCUAAAGGCCUAUCAAUCCAGACUAGAGGCCCUGAAAGAGACAUUAAAGAAAUCUGCCUUUUUCAACAGCCACGAGGUCAUAGGAGGCUCUCUCCUUUUUGUACAUGAUCACACCAGCAAGGCCAACAUAUGGAUGAUUGAUUUUGGGAAGACCAUACCCACACCUGAAAACAUAUGUCUGAAACACGAUGUGCCAUGGGUCGAGGGGAAUCAUGAGGAUGGCUACCUCAUUGGUCUGGACUCCCUAAUCUCUCUGUUGAGUGAGGCCAUCAAGGAAGCUACAGGUGAAAACACGAAGACCCAAAACCCACAGACUGACCACAAGGAGACAGAGAGAAUUAAUCAACCCCAGUCUGAGCUACACAAGCCACAAUCGGACUUGUUAAAGGAAACUACAAGUAGCAAUCACCUUGACUGAUUACUGCUUUUGUACUUUUCAUUUCACACCAAUAACUAUUUGUAAACAAUACUGCCAGACUGUGAUGUUAAGCAUUUAUAACAGGUGUAUCACCCUGGAUUGGACUGUAAUUGUGGAACCCUACUUUUUUAUGUUUUAUAGUAUUUUUGUAAUAUCAUUUUGUGAUGGUGAUUAACUAUGUAAAUUCAUUUUGUGUUAUUUAUAAAAACUAACUUAAAUGGUUACUUCUUUGUUAAUUUUAGUUCAUUUUUAUGUGGCAAUAUCAAUUAAUCUUGAGGGGAAAAAAGCCUAGUAUUAAACAAAAUGCUGUUGUUCCUGUGCUGAAAAAAAAACUUUUCUUGUACAAAUUUGACACAUACAAUCUUAGCAAAAAAGGUUCUAUAUAGUACCAAAAAGUGCUCUUUGACUUGUGACAACAGCUGAACCCUUUUUGUUACUAUACAGAACCAUCUUUUAAAAGCUUCUUUAAAUGUGAAUUUUACUCAUUUUUCAU